AUUGUUGAACCUUCUUCCCUUCGGUUCACACACUUGCUGCAACGACUACAACUAUUUCCACCUCUCUCAUUCACUCCUCUCAUUCUUGUUUUCUUCUUCAGAAGUAAAAAAAAAGCAAAAGAAUGACAGAGUUUGAGGAAUUAUCGGAAGGAUGCAUUUCCGCCAUAAUCUCUCGCACAACUCCGGCUGAUGCCGGCAGACUCUCCGUUGUUUCCAAGACUUUCCUAUCUGCAGCCGAUUCUGACGCCGUCUGGAAUCAAUUUCUCCCUUCCGAUUCUCAUUUCAUCGACUCUAUCAUCUCACACUCUCCAUCCCUUGCUAAUGUACCAUCCAAAAAAGCUCUGUAUCUCGCUCUCUCUGAUCUCCCUAUCAUCAUCGACAAUGAUCAGAAGAGCUUUCAAUUGGAUAGGAAGAGUGGAAAAAAGUGUUAUAUGCUUGCUGCUAGAUCUCUCUCCAUUGCUUGGGGUGAUGAUCGACGCUAUUGGAACUGGAUUUCUAUGCCUAAUUCUAGGUUCCCUGAAGUUGCUGAGCUUCUUGAAGUGUGGUGGCUUGAUAUUCGUGGGAUGAUAAAUACCCUUGCCUUGUCCCCAAAUACCCAGUAUGCGGCUUAUCUUGUGUUCAAGAUGAUUGAUGCCGAAGGAUUUCAGAACUGUCCUAUAGAGUUAUCAGUUGGUGUCGAAGGUGGCCACAGUAAUACUAAAAUUGUCUGUUUGGAUCCAAAUGUUGAAGUGGAAGGUAUGCAGCAUAACAGAGCAGUAGGAUUGCAACGUCCUAGUGUGAGAAGUGAUGGGUGGUUGGAGAUUGAGAUCGGAGAGUUCUUCAAUUCAGGCCUAGAAGAUGAAGUCCAAAUGAAUGUUAAGGAGACAAAUAAUUGGAAGAGAGGUCUCUUUCUUGAAGGAAUAGAAGUUAGGCCUAAGUAAGACCAUUCAGCAACAUUCCGUGAACUAUGCAAGGGGUCUUGCGUCUUAGGUGGCGUAACAUGUUUGAAGACUGACAACCUACUAUGUUUACAUUUAUAUUUUUGUCAUGGUUCAAUAUACUGGGAUAAUUGUGUUUAUAUUACUUAUUGUAGUUUGAUAUAUUGGGAUUGGAUAACUGUUUUGGAUAUCAAUUUACUCUUGAUUGUUCGAGCUAUAUUUGUGAUGCAAUACGAAUUAGCUGCCAUUUAUUGAUUUGGAA